GUGCUGUGACGCCCGCCUCGCCCCGCCCCGCCCCGCGCGCGUUGCCAGGGUGAUCAGGUGACUCCCGGUUCGCUGCACUGGGAGCGGCCGUGACGUCAGGCGCCGGGCUGCUCCUCACUCGCUCUGAGACAGGUGCGGCGAGGCUACUGCGGGCUGGUCCGGGCUCUUCAGGUCCAGACCCGACCGUUAUCCAGUCGGUUCGUGGAGAGGAGAGGUGCACUUUACAGGUCCCCGAUGAACCAAGGGAACCCUCCACCAUAUCCGGGCCCUGGUCCAACGGCCCCAUACCCACCUUAUCCGCCACAACCAAUGGGCCCAGGACCUAUGGGGGGACCCUACCCACCUCCUCAAGGGUACCCCUACCAAGGAUACCCACAGUACGGUUGGCAGGGUGGACCUCAGGAGCCUCCUAAAACCACAGUGUACGUGGUAGAACGGGAAAGGAAGAUGGACGACAGCGGGUGUCAGGCAGUCCUGGCUGCUUGCUGGGCUGCUCUCUGCUGCUGCUGCCUCCUGGACAACUUGGACUGAGCAGCUAAAAUCCAAGUAUUUCCCUACAGCCCUGCUACCUCCUGUUACUCAAAUAAACAACUACUGUUGCACAA